AGUGGCCUUGUUCUCUGCCUUUCUCUUCCUUGUGCUGAGGGGGCUUGGUUCUCGUCAACCUCCAGCCCACCGUCUCCUGACCGAACAUCAUGCCUUCUAUUAAGUUGCAGAGUUCCGAUGGAGAGAUUUUUGAAGUUGAUGUGGAAAUUGCCAAACAGUCUGUAACUAUCAAAACCAUGUUGGAAGAGUUGGGAAUGGAUGAUGAAGGAGUUGAUGACCCAGUUCCUCUUCCAAAUGUUAAUGUAGCAAUAUUAAAAAAGGUUAUUCAGUGGUGCACCCACCACAAGGAUGACCCCCCUCCUCCUGAGGAUGAUGAGAACAAAGAAAAGCGAACAGAUGAUAUCCCUGUUUGGGACCAAGAAUUCCUGAAAGUGGACCAAGGAACACUUUUUGAACUUAUCCUGCCUGCAAACUACUUAGACAUCAAAGGUUUGCUUGAUGUUACAUGCAAGACUGUUGCCAAUAUGAUUAAGGGCAAGACACCUGGGGAGAUUCGGAAGACCUUAAACAUCAAAAAUGACUUUAUGGAAGAAGAGGAAGCCCAGGUACGCAAAGAGAACCAGUGGUGUGAAGAGAAGUGAAAUGCUCUGCCUGACACUGUAACACUGUAAGGAUUGUUCCAAAUACUAGUUGCACUGUUCUGUUUAUAAUUGUUAAUAUUAGACAAACUGUAGACAAACGCAGCAGCAAAUCAAUUGUAUUAGCAGAAUAUUGUCCUCUGCAUGUGCAGUUUGA